AUACCACAUGCUAUAUGUGAUCUAUUCAGCCUCUACAGUUUAUAUUUUAGCGGGAAUCAAUUUUCAGGCCCAAUUCCUAAAUGUCUGGGAAAUGUCUCUUCUUUAAGACAUCUAUAUCUAGACUCCAACAUUUUGAAUUCAAGCAUACCAUCAAGCUUAUGGGGCCUAAAAGAUUUGAUCAAUCUAGACUUGUCCUCGAAUUCAUUAAAUGGGUUCUUACCACAAGAGAUAAGUAACUUAGGAGCAGCAAUAUAUAUAAACCUAUCGAUGAAUCAGUUGUCAGGGUCAAUUCCGACGAAUAUAGAAAAGUUGCAAAAUUUGGUUAAUCUGUCUUUGGCAUAUAAUAGACUAGAAGGUUCUAUUCCUGUGUCUAUGGGAAGCAUGAUCAGUUUGGUAAAUCUCGACUUGUCGUACAACAACCUCUCUGGUCCAAUUCCAAAGUCUUUAGAAGCACUUCAACACCUCGAUUACUUUAAUGUCUCUUUCAAUAGUUUAAGUGGAGAAAUUCCUAAUGGAGGUUCUUUUAAAAACUUCACUAUGGAUUCUUUUAAGGGUAAUGAGGCAUUGUGUGGAAUCCCCAAGUUCCGUGUCCAAAUUUGCUCUUCAAUUUCUAAUCACAGAUCAAAGAGAAAGAAGGUGGAACGAGCUUCAUUUAUUGCUUUCGGGGUUGUGGCUUUCAUCUCAGUUGUUUCUUUGGCCUUUAUAAUUGUCAGAAACAAAAGGAAAGACAAGGCGACUAGCAGAGAAGUUGAUGAGUUGAUAUUCAUUGUGCCGGAAAGAAUCUCUUAUUAUGAACUGCUGCAAGCAACAGAAAGAUUCGAUAAAAGCAAUUUACUUGGCACUGGGAGUUCUUGCUCAGUUUAUAAAGGAAUUCUUAACAAUGGGAAGGAUAUCGUUGUCAAGGUGUUUAAUAUGCAGCUAGAAGGUAUUUCAAGAAUAUUCGAUGUCGAAUGUGAGAUACUACGUAGCAUUCGACACAGAAAUCUGACAAACGUCAUAAGCAGUUGCUCCAAUGAAGAGUUCAAGGCAUUAGUACUUGAAUAUAUGCCAAAGGGAAACCUUGAAAAAUGGUUAUAUUCCCACAACUAUUGCUUGAAUAUGAUGGAAAGAUUGAAUAUAAUGAUGGAUGUUGCAUGUGCUUUGGAGUAUCUUCACCACGGUUAUUCAAUGCCCAUUGUCCACAGCGACUUGAAGCCUAGUAAUGUGCUGUUAGAUGAAGACAUGGUUGCCCAUGUAAGCGACUUUGGGAUAGCAAAGUUGUUAUGCGAUGGAGAUAGCUCUGUGUUAACCAACACGCUAGCAACAUUGGGUUACAUCGCUCCAGGUGAAGUUUCUCUAAAUAUAUUGAUUGCACUUCACUUUCAAUCGAUUAAUUGUGUCUUCCUUACUGCAUACAUCAUGAUUUUUGUUGUUCCAGAGUAUGGCUUGGAAGGGCUAGUUUCAACAAGGUGUGAUGUGUAUAGCUACGGGGUGAUGUUGAUUGAAACUUUUACGAGAAAAAGGCCUAGUGAUGAUAUGUUUUGCGAAGAUAUGAGCUUAAAGAGAUGGGUAGAACUCUCACUUUCGGAGGUUCCAGAUGAAGUGAUAGAUGCCAACUUAGUCAUGAAUUUGGAGGAAGAAAUGAUUGACAAGAAUAUGCAGUGUGUAUCAUCCAUACUUGAAUUGGCUCUGAAAUGCUCUACGGACUCUCCCAGGGAUAGAAUCAACAUAAAACAAGCACAUGCAGAGUUGCGGAAAAUCAAACAUCGAUUUUCCCAAUGAAAUUCAAGUAAUUAAGCUAUUUCAAAGUUCUAUAUUAUUUCUAAGAUAAUAUUGUCUAUUACGAUUUAUUGAUUUUCCCAAUGAUAUUCGUGUUUCACAUAUCUGUCGUGAAGGGAACCAAGUUGCUGACAUUAUGGCAAAUCCAAAUACUCCGAUUGGUUGGUGGGAUCAUGCUAUUCCCUUGAUUGAGGAAACCGUUCAAAAGGAUAUUCAUAUCCCAAAUUUCUAUCGCAAAGUUAGCUAAUGAUGUCUUCUUCAUUUGGUGGCUUUGAUGAGGCAUGUAGUGUUGAAGAUUUUGAAGGUAGUAGAUUGUAACUGGGGUGAGGCACUGGAUAGUGGUGAGGUGGAUGACAUAAAGAAUGGAAAAUUUGACUUGGUCCUUUUGUUGGUUUUUGCAAUCAUUGUUAAUUUGUUUUUCUUGUUUAUGCUUUUUUUCUCGUUGUAAUAGACGAGUACUUGUUUUUCUUUACUGAUGUUUUUUCCAUUGGAUUUUCGCCAGAAAGGUUUUAAUGAGGCUCGGCCCUUAGUUAGCGUGUUUGUGCUUUCAAGGGUUUGCUAGGUUUUUUUA